AUGGAGUCAUCGCCACGCAGUGCACUGUUUCGGGAGAUCCACAAGAACACCUGGCUCAAGCGGAUCACCAGUGACGUGAAGAAGUUGUCUGUUGGCGCUAAAAGGUCGGAGAAGUUCUGGGUGGUAUUUUGCGUUCAUGAUGACUUCGACGCCCUGCUGGAAGGGUAUGUGGAGCCCCGCAUGGCCCCGUCGCACUCACCCGAGUGGACAGUCUCCCUCCAGCAGACACUCCACAUUUCGCAUGCUCUGGUGCCAUUGGAGCAGGAGUACGAGUUUGUAAUCACCCUGAGUUCCGACGUUGUUCGCUUCAGUGCCUCAUCGUGGGAAAUUAUGCAAGAAUGGGUGGAUACGCUGCGCUCGAAGCUCAGGGAGAUGAAGAUCCUCUCGCCCAGGGAGAAUAUCUACAGCAAACUGCCGGAGAUUCGACCGCCGCUUUUGCCAACGAGAGAUCCAACAUCACCACUGCCAGCUCCGCCACCUGUUCCAGCCGCCCUGGUGCCUGGAAUUGAGAGAAUCAUCCCGUCAGCCAUCACAACAGUCCCCGUCACCACGAGCACGACUAGUGCGGUGAUAACGGGCCAAAACACGCCCACGACAAGUGCGAUGUCCAACACCCUCACGCAGAAUCUCAUUGCAAUGCUCUCCAGUCCCAUCGCGAAUCUGCGCCAGCAAUCGGACGAAGUACAGGCCUCGGGGAGUGCACCCCGGCCGAUAACUUCCACAUCUUCACCCCAAGGCAGCUUAACAAAUGGAUGUGCAAGUCCAGGCAAGAAGACAGCCACGAAGACGUCAUCGAAGCCACUACAGAGUCUCGCCAAGACGUUUUCCGACAAUGUACUGGCUGAUCCCAACACGUGUCCGCCGUCCACGUCCACCCAGGACGUCCAAGCCGAAGGAUCCUCGCUGAAUGGGGUGAUCGUCCCCUCUGAAGACAGAGAAUCCGAUUGCAACAGUGUGGAGGAUAUGCCUAUUGUGGCUGAACCCAUUAUGAUUCCCAGACCCCAGACACAAAAGAGACGACAAUCGCCCUCACAGACAAAUCAGGAAAUCACCACUGAAACGAGGGGAUUCGAAGGUUCUCCUUCAACAUCAGCUCCGAAAACGAAUGUUACUAUAAUUCAAGUGACAAACACGACUAAAUCAUCAGAUUCAUCUUCUGAAGAUUCUGUAGAGCUUUCCAGUGAUCACCAGUUUAAGUGCAACGUUAAGAUAAAUCCGUCCAGUGACUCUGCCUCGUCAUCCAAGGCGGAGACGCCGAAGAAGAAGAACUGUGGGACUCAUGAGAAGGUAGAAAUCUCAUCUGUUCACAUACCAAGCACCUCAACUGGUCACUAUGGGAAGAUUUGUACCCUAUCCGAAGGACAGAAGGUCACAGUGACCACAACGAAUAGUAAUUUUGCGACUAACAUCUCAGUAGAGGCUUCACCGGCAAUUGGAAGCGUUUACGAGCAGCUGUUCAUCACGACGACUUCUGCAGCUCCUGUCAUUGUGAGUUCAGCCACGGAUACGCGUGUGGUGAAUCUUAUAGCAAAUCAAGCGCGAUCAGCUAGUCAUUCAGAGAUCCCAGUGAAUCGUCCAAAGCCAUCAGAAGCGGGCAGUUCCAGUGGGACGCCGAGAAAGGAGAAGAAAUCUCCACAAAAAACUCAAUCGAGACCUGUUUUGACGCGCGGAGUAACGGAAGCUGUCCUAAGUCGACCUUCUAGGAUUGAUAAGAAUGCUAUUAGUCCGACAGCAAGUGUGCCGAAGACUCGUCCUCAAGUGCCUGGACAGGCGAGUGGGCAGGAUCAAAGGAAAAGGAGUAGCUCAACUUCAGAUGCUCAGCAAACAAGGAAUGGGAGGCCUUCGACUGGAGUGAAUUCGGCACCGGGAACCUCCAAUCCGCCGAGGGGGAGUCAAGCGUCAGCUUAUAGGCCUCCGCCUGAUGGCAGUGCACAGCAGAAUCUCGGGAGGUUGACUCUGAGGGAGCAACAGGUGAUGCACAUGAGGCGGGAGAUGAUGCACCCGGGAGGCGUGAGACUUCAGCUGAGGCGGAAGGAUUGCCUGGGAUCAAUCGCUUGGGUGGACGCAUUUGGGGCCGUUUGGGUAUCCGGAUGGAAACAGAAAGAGCAUCCAAUGCUCUAUAAUGCCCUCCACGUGGGCGAUCAGUUAAUUUCUGUUGGUGGAGUGACUGUAGGAUCAGCGGCGGAUGCUAACAAGUUGGUGAGGAGCAGUCUGGGUCUCUACGUGGAACUGAUAAUCAGGCGUGUUCCCUUCGGUCGCUGCUACGCCAUUCGUCGCGAUCUCGAUGGUCAGUGUUUGGGACUCGUUCGAGAUUGCGCCACUGUGGUGGAUCUCGUGCCCAACAGUCUGGCAGCGCGCCACGGUCUGCCGCCAAAGGCUCAGACCUGCGAUGGGCUGUCAUUGACCUUUUGGGUGCUGACUGAAAUCAACGGUCGGCCGUUGAACUUGUUCGCUAAGGAGACAGAAGUGAAGGAUCGCCUCAAUGCCGUGGGCAGGGACAUAUCGAUAUUGGUGCAACCGUCGGAUCUCGUGGCGAAGCUCAAGAAACAGCUGAAAUCACUGAGAAGUCACAAAGACUACAUUGUGCAAUAGAUUUAGCGGUUGGG